AUGGCAUCAGCGUCUUUGCAGGCGGUUGAAGCAAUAGGCCAAGAACUAGCUCUUGUGUAUAGCUCGCCUGACCUCGACAUUACGAUCACGAAUGGAGUGAUACUCUCCCUGUUCUGUAUGGGUUCCUCUUUCUGCUGGGCCGAUCCACAACGCUUGGGAACACAAUUUCUUUGCGAAGUAAGGAGGCUUCUGGGCCAUUUACAAGAUAGAUAUGAUGCGCUCACAACAAGCACACCAAGACUCUUCGACUUCUUUCGUGGUUGCCUGAAGUAUGAAGAAAUGCUUCAUCAUGUUGCAGGGGACAAAAAGGCACAGUCUUCACCUCCUCCCGUGUCAUUUAAUGUUCUGGAGCCCAUUUCAACAAGCCCACACCCUUGGACGGGGGUAUCUCCUGAAAUACUUUCACUCUUUGGAGAAUCCAUUUCCUUGUGCCGAAAAGAAUGCGCGAGACGACAACAGCCCAAUAGCAUGACACAGAAAAGUUUACAAAAAGCACUGCACGCCAUCAACGAGGCAAAAAUGCUGGAGGAAACGCUGCUAGCAAUUGCGCCACUUUCGUUGCAGCCCAAAUUCGAUGAAUUUGUCAGUCUGGAGAGAUGGCUACACCUACGCGACACUACCGAGGCGUAUCGCCUUUCAUCACUCCUUCAACUAUACCAAACUUUUCCAGACUUGAUUGCAUGGCGGAUGCCGUCACAAGUCGGGCCUGACGGUAUCGUUCCACACAAUCUUUGGCUUUCCCCUCUUGCGCUUCACCUCUUGAACCUACUUCGCAGAAUACCACCAACAUCUGACCUGCGCUGCAUUCAACCAUUAUUGUACUUGUCUGCAGGAAGCUGCUUGCGGAAUGACGUCGUCGCUACACCAUCUUUCAGCAUUGAUGAGCCGCUCGACGAGACAUCCAGUAUUCUCCCAGACUUUAUGACAGAGCACACGUCGUCAGAAUUUGUCGGUCAGUCGACCGAGGUACCUAGUAUAACAUUGGAAGCACUGAACAUUGGAAGCGCGAGGAAAUUGGUGGUGGACAGACUGUGCCAGCUCGAACAAGUUCUCCCUGCAAAACCCAUAGGUGUGGCAAAGAGCCUGAUGGCAGUCACCUGGGAAACGUAUGACAAUGAAAUUCUUGAAGCCAAGAAGACUCACUGGCUUGAUAUCAUGGCUUCUACCGGGCUUCAAACACUCUUUGGCUAA